AUGGCGUCCGCGCGGUCCCUGGGCCUCCACGAACCCUCAGCCGUCCCUUACCUGGUCACAGAGGGCAUUCUUCCUCCGGAUCCAUCAGACGACCAAUACAAAUGGUCGACAAGUGUGGAUGAUAGCGGGCUGACUGGCCCCGUGGACGAUGAGCUGGUAUGGACGAAGCAUUGCGUUGUGUGGUCCCGCGCAGGGAUAGUGAAGAGAGUCUUCCGGCUAGACCCCGAGAAAGAGGAGGUUCGGCAUGCUUUGUUUACCUACUUCGCGGCGGGAAGAAUCAAGCGCUCUGAUCGAGACGUCACCAGUCCAGUGUCGGGCGCGCGGGGAGGUGGGCAGGCCCAGCGAGCUCGAAAUCAGCAAUUGACAAGCUCGGGCUCGACGUUGGAUUUGCAUGGAGAUGCGCGAGUCGCAGUUGUUGCACCCCAAAAGUCCAACGACAAACUGUCCCGGGCGUUGGUGGUGGUCCUCAAGUCACAAGCCCAUAUCUUUUUCGUUGCGGGCAACAGCCACACCGUUCCUCUUCCAUUUGAGGUCGAUACUGUUUUUGCAACUCCUCGCGGGCUUUUAUUUCAGAGAAGAGUUCCUGAAGACCAUGAGGCACGCCAGCACCCAACUGCGCCUCCCAACUCCUUCAUGUCCACCUCUCUGUUCGAUCUCCGUGCUUCUCAGUCCUCUACCACCAAAAGCAAGAGUCCAUCUUUGAAAAUCUCGUCUGUUCAAGGGCCCGCAUGGGUGCCAAAGCCCAGUUCAAGCGCUGACCUCCCCCGGGUGUUUUCUCUGAUCAACCCUCAUUCGGAAAUGGGCCUGGUAGUGACGACGCAGACGUCGUCUAGUUGGCUUCAAAGCAGUGUCAGCAGUACGGGCCGAAGACAGUCAGGGCCAUCUGUGCUAGAUUCAUCAGACGAAAUUGUCUACAUCUCCCAAACGGACGAACUGCCAAGUUCAGCACAAUCCUCAACGAGCGCCCCUUUGAUUCUAGUGGUCACCUUGAACACAACGACAGGGCUCUAUACGAUAUGGACUGCCCGGUAUAGAGACGACGACUUCGAUGCCUCAUUGAAAGAAAAGACCAGGCGAGAGACUGGGGGUACUCGGUCAAAGAGGCGAAGCUCCCAUUUCGGAAUGGCUACCGGCGCAACUACACCUGCCGCUCGAGGACCACGGGAGAGCUUUGGGGCCUGGCCUGAGACCCGUAAUGCGUCCCACCAGACCGAGACGAAACUUGACGAAGAUGAUCUGGCAUCACGGGUAGCACAGGACUUUGGCGAUGUCGGGGUGCCCCUCAAGACGUCAAGACGGGUCAGCUCAUUGCUUGCACGCACCGAUCUAGCAACCAGUCAGGACCGCAUUACAUUCUCAGAUCUUGCCACCGGAAGCCAGUCAAGCAAUAUGCCCCAUGGUGGUCCCAGACAGUCCAUGGGAGGUGCGAGCACCCGUGCAAGUUUUGGUUUCAAUCCUCGAGGCUCGUUACCCCCUGCAACGGGCUCUGUGUAUAGCACCGCGGGUAGCUUCGCAGAUGCCCCCGUUGACAGACUGCUUGAGGAGCUCAACAAUGACGUUCUAUCGGAGGGACUUGAGAACAUCGCCCUUCGAGAAUCAACAUCCGGCCUACCAGAGGAACUGCUGUUGUCCAAGGUGGACAGCUUCUCGUCCAAAUUCUCCGCUAACUUUCAUUCCUCCACCCAGAAAACGUCCGUGCGCCGCUUAAAGGUCUCGACACUAUCUUCUAUGGAUUAUGGAAAUGCGCAAAACGGAAACGCUGCGUUUGUGGCAGUCUGCAUCGUGGACCAAUCCUCCCGAAACAUGACUGUCGUGAAUUUGCGAGCAGACCGUGUGGCUGCAUCGAAACAGCGAAAAAAGCAGCAACGGCCACUUCUGGUUCACUCAGCAGGCAUCCAGUAUUUUCCCAGUGUAUUGGAUGCCCGCAAGGUCUUUGAUGGAGACAUCUCCAGAAUCCUGACUCUGAGUGUGUCCGACAAUGGCCAGCGUGAAUUGUCCCUACAGACACCGUGGGGAAGUCCAACGAAGAUCGAUAUUCCUUUGCCACUGCAGAUUUAUGAGCCACAUGGAAUCUCAGCCACUAAGAUUCUAAGCCGUCCAAGAGAGAGUGGCGUCAACCGAGUCCUGGCAGACCCCGGCGUGGUUUUCAUCGAGCUUGACCACGAUUGCUCGAGAGGCAAGAUCGAUUUGGUGGACAGUGACAGGCAACGGCACCGACUCCAAGUUCAAAUGGAGCCUCGCAAUGAUUUGGUGAAGAAGAUCCUCCGAGUCUGCAAAUUCGUCCUACGUGACUCGGAGAAAGCUGGUGAUGGCAUGCUGGUGGCCUGGUGGGAAGUUUACAAAUGGCUUCAGGGCAGGGAAGAGAUCACAAAUGAUCUAGAAUGGACUGCCAUGGUGGUCGUGUUAUUUUCGUUGGCCAUUCCAUUCAUCGUCCACGCCCAGCCCCAGACGCCAGCCAAGCGAACGCGCAGGAAGAAGGGUCUGCUCCGGUCGAGCAGUGGCAGUUACGUUGAUCUGGAAAGCUGGGAAGCGAUGCUCGACCUGGAAUCUGGAUCCUCUGGUGUUGUGGCACCAUGGAUGAUGGACAGUUCUUGGGGGUGGAUCGUUGAACAAGAUGCGAUUGAGGACCUGGCUGCCCGCGAUGCGUCCCGGACACCAAAGGCAGAACAGCCCAAUGCAAGCAGGUCAACCUAUCGUCACAAUUCUUACUUGCUCCGAUGCAUAUCGCUGAGUCGCGAAUUCCUCCAGAGCCCGCGGGGCUUCAAAGCCACCGGUCGUGAAGGAUAUUUACCCAUCUCCGAAGCUUUCUCUGAGAACACAAGACGGACAUCGCUUUGUACGUUGCUUGUUGGCUUACACCUUCUCCGUGAAGAACAGAAGCUCUCCACGGGUGACUUUGAGGAGGCGCAGCGACCGUUGGGCCUUCUGGCCCCUGUCCUUGCACAAAUUGGCGGCUGGCUGGGAUGGUCGUCAUGGAAAUGGACCGAGGAUGCAUACUUCGGUACCGAAAUGGCCAGCAUGGAGCGUUGGCAAUUCGAAGACACCCAGGUUUCCUUGCUCGAUGUCCCUUAUGAACCUUUUGCACCCCCAUCAAUAUUCGCAUUUCUCAUCGAUGCUGCGGAUCAAUCUUCGAAUUUUAUCACCCUUCUUGACCUCAUAAAUGCACCGGAUCGAGUUCCUAGAAAGGGACGAAUGUGGCGGGAGUGCUUCAACCUCACCCCAAGAACCUUGGCGUUGAAAUACUUCUUCUCCGAGGUACAGAAUGUGUCAACACCUUUGGAAAAAAUUAGACUAUUGCACCGAUGGGGUCUCACCAAGAGCAUUAUCGAUACGUUCCCUGAAGGUGUCAGCGCACCACUGUAUGAAGUUGUCAUGCGGUGCCAGAUGGACGCUUCAACCGCCUGGAAUGCAACACUUCUGGAACUGAUUGACCGUGAGGACCUCUACAUGUCGAUGAACUCAGUCUAUACCCAUUCGCUAGCAACUUCGCAACAACCGUCCGUUUCUCAUGAUGCUGCGCGAGACUUCCAUCUCAUUAGCACUUCGGCCCUGGACAUCGACACCAUCAGCGCCUUCGAAGCCUCCGCGGAGGCUGACCGCUUUUCAGUCACAAGAUUAAUUUUCCGGGAGGACAAACGCUUCAUCGAAGCUGCCCGCCUGCUAAACCAAUCCAAAGCUCCUGUGGCUGAGUGUGUACCCGAGGCAGACUGGUCCGACGCGGACCUGUUAGAUGCGCAAAAAGAGCUUGUGCAGCUGGUGACCUUUAGGACAUUGUCAACUCCCGCGGGCCGUGCUAUGCUUUCCUUUAGUGGUCGACUGCCUCUGUUGACUGAGAAGCUGCCAAUCCCGUCCUUCUCCCUCCAAUGUGUUAUGAAGCCGUCCAACGUGACCAUCAGCGCCGAAAGGUCCGCAUUCACUGAGGAAAAAGUAUGCUGGGCAUUCUUUCACAACGGAGUAUCCACUGGCCUGGCCAUCUCCAAAGCGUCCAAGGGGAUCGAUACCUCGUGGAUCCUCUUCAACAAGCCUCAAGAUCUCACCAACCGCCAUGCGGGAUUCCUGCUAGCUCUGGGUCUGAACGGCCAUCUCAAGUCUCUGGCCAAGUGGGUUGCGUUCAAGUACCUUACGCCAAAGCACACCAUGACCUCUAUCGGUCUCCUUUUGGGUCUAUCUGCUUCAUAUCUGGGCACAAUGGACACGCUAAUCACACGUCUGUUGUCUGUGCAUGUUACAAGAAUGCUGCCAAUUGGGGCAGCGGAACUAAAUUUGUCUCCUUUAACGCAAACAGCCGGGAUUAUGGGGAUCGGACUGCUUUAUUGCGGCUCUCAGCAUCGACGUAUGAGCGAAGUCAUGUUGUCAGAGAUUGAGAAUGUUGAACAAGACGAACAGUCCACCUCUCAAGAGGAUCUCCGUGAUGAAGGAUAUCGCCUUGCCGCGGGAUUUGCACUGGGGCUUAUCAACCUGGGCAAGGGCAACGAUUUACGCGGAAUGCGUGACAUGCACAUUGUCGAGCGGCUGUUAGCCGUUGCGGUUGGUACCAAGAACGUUGAUUUGUCUCACGUUCUCGACCGUGCCACGGCGGGUGCCACGAUUGCACUCACUAUCAUCUUCAUGAAGACCAACGAUUCAGUGCUGGCCCAGAAAAUCGACAUCCCUGACACCACGGUACGUUUUGACUACGUGCGGCCGGACCUUUUCCUUCUGAGGACCUUGGCGCGGCACCUCAUUAUGUGGGGUAGCAUUCAACCUACUACCGACUGGAUCAGCCAGAGUCUGCCAAAGGUGUACCGGCGACGAGCGCGCCUUUCGGGUGUUCGCCAGCUGCGUAGCGAAGACAUGCCUUUUUUCAACAUCAUUGCAGGUCUCUGCUUCACCCUGGGUCUCCGCUACUCCGGCUCUGGCCAUGGGCCGGCACGGGAUCUGUUGCUGUUCUACCUCGACCAGUUCCUCCGCAUCUCGCGUUUGCCGGCCCUGAAUUAUGAUAGCAAGCUCGCGCGCAACUCUGUUCGGAACUGUCAAGACAUUGUUGCCUUGGCCACCUCUACGGUCAUGGCCGGCACAGGCGACUUGGCCCUUUUCCGGCGUCUGCGCUCGCUUCACGGUCGAAUUGAUGCCGAUACAUCCUACGGCAGCCACAUGGCGGCGCACAUGGCAAUUGGGAUGCUCUUCCUGGGCGGAGGCAGCUACACACUUGGAACGUCUGACCUGGCCGUAGCCUCGCUCCUCUGCGCCUUCUACCCAAUCUUCCCAACCACCGUGCUCGACAACAAAUGCCAUCUCCAAGCCUUCCGGCAUCUCUGGGUCCUCGCCGCAGAACCACGUUGCCUGGUCCCGCGUGACCUCGACACCCGGCGUCCAAUCUCUGUCCCCAUCACCAUCACUUCGCAUGACGGCGCCAUCCAGACCCUCACCGCACCUUGCCUCCUCCCAGACCCUACGAACAUCACCCACAUUGAAGUCUGCGGCCCAGACCACUGGCCAUUGGUCCUUGAAUUCGGUCAGAACGACGCCCUGCGAGAAAAAUUCCGGCAUGGCGAUCCCUCCAUCUACCUCCGCCGCAAAGCUAUUCACAGCGCAUCGGGCUCCUCCGUUUUCGCCUCUACCCUUACAGGCCUCAGCGAAGCGCAGGAUAUCCUUCCAUCCACAGCUGGCGCCUCAGCUAAAUUCAAGGGCGCUCCGCCGUCCGCUUGGCCGAACCGCGCCGCUUUACUUUCCGGUUCUGAAUCCGGCUCUGCCGCUACAACCACACCCUCCCAGUCUCCCUGGGACUGGGUCUUUCAGCUCCCUUCCCUCUCAGGUCUAGAUAUCCGCGAACGCUCGCUAGUCCUCCCAUCUUCCUUCCCCACUCGCGCGCCGCGCAUCGCAACAGACCCGAGCUCCGCGCCACCCUGGCUCCGUACCUCGGCCGUCGAUGCCAGACUUGCUCUGUCCCACACAGUGCGCAACAUUAUCCAAUCUGCGCGCGGCCGUGGCGCUGAUCCGGACCAAGUCCGUGAUCGCAUCUGGCAGCUGCGGCUUCUAUUUGACUGGCUCGAUCGUUCUUCACCUGCUGCUGAGAACAAUUCGCUCUCGUCGUCGUCAUCAUCCUCGGCCCAGCCGCCUGGUCUUUGGCUGCGAAAGGACUUUGUUGAGGAGGCGAGGUGGUUGGUUUGGGGGGUGCAGGUUGGAGAUUCGGAUGGGCCGAUGUCGACUAUUACAUGA